AUGGUACACGUGAAGUGGCUUCCCAAAAUCAAGGUCAACCACAACGGACACUUGACCUUUAAUUCAUCAUAUUGGUCAUAUACACCUCAAAGAUUCCCACUCUAUGAAUCUAGAGACUUAAUCGCUCCAUUCUGGACAGAUAUUGACAUCAGAAACACUGGAUUGGUCCUCUACAACCAAUACACCAAUGACAGUGUCCUCCAACAAGCUACACAGGACAUUAAUAGCUACUUCCCAAACCUCAGCUUCAGUGCUGAGUGGGUCUUUGUGGCAACAUGGUAUGAAGUGGCCUACUUUCCAACUACGGGAACAGCUGGCUAUGACACCAUAAACUCUGUUCACCAUUUCACCAUUCCUGGAUCUUUCUCAAGUUCUGCAACAGGCGUCAACUCCACUUUUACUCUGGGCAGCAACGUCAAUGUAACGGGUCGCUGGGCCUUCCGAGUAGACAGUGGAGCAAGUGGCUGCCAGUUUAAUGGUGAACCUGUGCAGCUGGGUGAUUCUUUUUGGAGCGACUCCACCUGUGCACAGAAGUGCACGUGCACCACAACUGGCCUUCAGUGCUUUGACCAACCAUGCUCUUUCUCCCAAGUCUGCAUGCCAUAUUCCUUUCAGUUCUCCUGCCAGACAGUGGAGAAACGCACCUGUACCAUCAGUGGAGAUCCACAUUACUACACCUUUGAUAAUACAGUGUUUCACUUCCAAGGCACCUGCACCUAUGUUCUCUCAGAGCAGUGUCAGUAUGGGCUGCCUUAUUACAGAAUAGAGGGCAAGAACGAGCACAGAGGCAGCAUACAUGUGUCAUGGACACGUCUAGUCAAGGUUUUUGUCUACAAUGAAACCAUUGAGCUUGUGAAAGGAAACCCAGGAAGGGCAAAGGUUGAUGGAAGCUUUACAGCAACUCCUUUUUCCAUGAAUCAAGGCCGUGUCCAGGUCUAUCAAUCAGGUUUUUCUGUGGUUGUCAGCACAGACUUUGGCUUAACCGUAUCUUAUGACACAUAUUCACAUGUUGGAAUCAGUCUGCCCUACACUUACCAGAAUGCAACAUGUGGACUGUGUGGAAACUUCAACAACCAGCCUGGAGAUGAUUUCCGAACUCGUGAAGGCGAGAUUGUCAGCUCUGAUGUAGUUUUUGCCAACAGUUGGCAAGUAUUUGGUGAAGAUGAACCUGGUUGUGAGGCACCGUGUGAAGGUCUGGAAUGUGCUGGCUGCAAUGCAGCUCAGACUGCUUUAUACAGCAACAAUGAACACUGUGGAAUCCUUCAGAACAGCUCUGGACCGUUUGCACCAUGCCACCAAAAACUUCCCCCACAAAACUUUGUGGACAGUUGUGUUUAUGAUCUCUGUGUUGGUGGAGGAUAUCAACCCAUUCUGUGUCAAGCAUUAAAUGUAUACUCAAGUCAGUGUCAACAAAAUGGCAACCAGCCUGAAAGUUGGAGAAGACCUGGAUUCUGUGAAAUCCCCUGCCCAGCCAAUAGCCACUUUGAGUCUCAAGCAAGUGGAUGUCCAUCCACCUGUGUUAAUCCUAACUCCACCCAAAAUUGCCCCCUUCCUGUUCAGGAGAGCUGUGUUUGUGAUCCCGGCUACGUCCUCAGUGCUGGAGAAUGUGUUCCUCAUGCUGAGUGUGGCUGCAGCUUUGAGGGUUUCUAUUAUCAAUCAGGAGAGACUGUUAUAUUGGAUGGAGACUGUGGGAGGCGCUGCAGCUGCACUGCUGGCUCAAUGACAUGCAGCCCCUACAGCUGUGGCCCACAUGAAACCUGCAGUGUGGAAGAUGGAGAAAGAGGAUGCAGACCUAAUGGAUACGCCACAUGCUGGAUCAGGGGGGCAGGGUCCUAUCAAACAUUUGAUGGACUGACAUACCAAUAUCCUGGAGCAUGCAGACUAAUCAUUGCUAAAGAAAUGGGAUUGUCUGGUCACCCACACUUCAAUGUGUCAACAGAAAAAGUACCAAAAGGCCAGGAUGGAUUUUCAAAUUAUUUAAACAUUGAGGUUCAGGCAACAAAAGUCACCAUUGAAAUGGACAGCAGCAACAGAGUCUGGGUUGAUGGUCAGCUGAUCGUACUGCCCUUCAGUUCUGGAUCCAACCACAUCCGCAUCUUCCACAGCAACACUCACAGCAUCAUCCUUCGCACAUCUUUUGGUUUGACUGUACAAACGGUGUGGCCUCACUUUGUGCGUGUCACUGCACCUGUGGUCUACAGCAGCUCACUUGGUGGACUCUGUGGAAACUACAACGAUGAACCCAACGAUGACUUUCAAACACCAAAUGGAACCCUGGUCCACAGUUCUCAAGUGUUUGGGGACAGCUGGCGAGAAGGCUCCCUGGCAUCUCACUGUGUGGAGAACUCAAAUAGCAACUCCAUGACUAAUUACAAUACCAGUGACUACUGUGGCCUUCUGAGAUCACCACAUGGUCCAUUUACAUCCUGCUGGGCUGUGGUAGAGCCAUUACAGCAAGUGGACGUGUGUGUGGACAUCCUCCGUAGAUCUGAAGAUCCUGAAUCAACUCUGUGUGAGGUUCUGCGAGAUUAUGCUCUGAUGUGUCAACAACAGGGGGUUUCUCUGGGAGAGUGGAGGAAUAGAACUGGUUGUGCAUUAACUUGCCCUUCAAACAGCCACUAUGAACUCUGUGGGACAUCCUGUCCCUCCGCCUGCCCCAGCCUCUCCUUCCCCUUCAGCUGUGACUCUCAAUGUCAGGAUGGGUGUCAGUGUAACGACGGCUUAGUCCUCAAUGGAAACCAGUGUGUGCCACCAACAUCCUGUGGAUGCUAUCAUCAAGGGCGCUAUUGGCAAAGUGGUCAGCAGUUUUGGGAUGGAGAAGAGUGUCAGAGUUUGUGCAGCUGUAAUGGAGUGACGGGUGUGGUCAAUUGUGAGCCGCACUCUUGUGGUCCUGAGGAGGCGUGUCGAGUGGUAGAUGGCGAGUUUGGUUGUCAUCCCAACCCCAGUGGUACUUGUUCUGCCUCUGGAGACCCUCACUACUUGACUUUUGAUGGGAAGACCUACGAUUUCCAAGGAACAUGUCGCUAUGUUCUAGCAGAGGUUUGCAACUCAUCCAGCGGGCUCCAUCAGUUUUCUGUGGAGGCAAAGAACGAGCCGUGGAAUGGGCUUCCUGUGUCCAUCACAGCUGAGGUCGCUGUUUCUGUGUGGGGCUAUAAAGUGUGGAUGUUCAGCAAUAACAGGGUAGAGGUUAAUGGAGUCACAAGAAAUCUUCCGUUUGUCUUGAAUGGAAGCAUAUCUGUGUUUGCAAGUGGAUAUCGGACAUUUGUUAGUACGAGUUUUGGUCUAAGCGUCACGUAUGAUGGAUGGAGCACUGUGUCCAUUUCUGUACCUCCAGCCUACAGAGGGAACAUGUGUGGACUUUGUGGUAAUUUCAAUGGCAAUCCAAAUGAUGACUUCCACACCCCAGAUGGAGCAGCAGUUUCCUCACCAGAUGCUUUUGGGGCAUCCUGGAAAGCACCAGGCAACUACACCUGCAGUGAUGGCUGUGGCUCCUCUUGUCCACGAUGCACUAACGAUCAAGCCGCCAGAGCUCAGUGUGAGGUGCUUCAGGCAGCUGACGGCCCUUUCAGCUUCUGUCACGAGCAAGUGGAUCCAGCACCGUUUUUCAGCGACUGCGUGUUUGAUGUUUGCGUGGGUGGAAAUGCAAGAAACGAUCUACUAUGCAGGGCAAUUGAGACAUAUGUGAGUGCAUGUCAGUCUGCUAACGUCCGGAUCUAUCCUUGGAGACAAAACACCACCUGCAGAGUUACCUGUCCAACUAACAGUCACUAUGAGUUGUGUGGAACUGACUGUGGCCACACCUGUGCCAGCAGCACUGAUGCCACCUGUGAGCAUGUUUGCUCUGAGGGAUGUUUCUGUGAUGAGGGCUUUGUGAGAAGUGGUACAACCUGUGUUCCUGUGGAGAGCUGUGGGUGUCAGUAUGAAGGCUUUUACUACAGUGUUGGAGAGUCCUUCUGGAAAGAUGGCUGCACUGAGCUCUGUGGAUGCUUUGCCUCUGGCGUGCAGUGUGUUGCUGCAUCCUGUGCUCCUGCACAACAGUGCACCAUAAAGGAAGGCCAGCUGGGCUGCUAUGAUGCCAUGUCCACCUGCACUGUGUGGGGAGACCCACAUUACAUCACCUUUGAUGGGGCCCUGGCUCAUUUCCAGGGAACGUGCUCUUAUAUUAUUACUGAGACUGGAAGCCAUGGCAACAAUGACACCCGGUUUGAGGUUGUAGCCACCAACAAUCACCGUGGCAACAACUAUGUGUCAUUUGUAUCAUCAGUAGAUAUAAAUUUUUCCAAAAAUUCAGAGAGUGUGAAUGUGAGGAUUGGACCAAACAGAAGAGUAAAGGUAAAUGGAGCUGAAGCGUCUCUUCCAACAACUGCAGGAGCUUUAGCUCAAGUGUCAGCACAGGAUGGUUUUGUAGUCUUUGAUGCAGCUGACCUUAUCGUCCAGUUCGAUGGCCAGAGUACUCUAUUGGUCCGAAUGAGUAAGCACUAUCAGAACAAAGUCGGUGGGAUGUGUGGGAACUUCAAUGGAGAUCCUUCAGAUGAUAAAGUGAAACCGAGUGGCGUACUCGCCCAAAAUGACAGUGAGUUUGGACAAAGCUGGAAGUCACAGACCAGCCAGCCAGGAUGUGGAUCCACUGAUGAGAGAAAUGGAGAUGGACACUGUCGUUUUUCACAGGAAUACUCUGAACUCUGCAGCAUCAUCACCAACACCAGCGGUCCAUUCAGUGCCUGCCAUCUGCACUCUGACCCACAGCCGUUUUUCUCUUCCUGUGUCUAUGAUCUCUGUCUCUACUCUCCAGCCAAUGGCAUGCUGUGUUCUGCAGUUUCAGCCUAUGAGAAAACCUGCACUGUUUUAGGGUUGAGCAUCCCGGAAUGGCGCCCUGCUUUGCACUGUGCCUUGUCAGAUCCCUGUGAGGAGCUGGACUGCGCUGAACAUGAAUGGUGUGGAAAGAAAAAUGGGGAGUAUGGCUGCUUCUGUGAUGAGCACCAUCAUAGACCAAACAAUGAGAGCUACGACUCGUCCAUCACCUGUGAAAGCAGUUCAGGCACUAUGUCUGUGUCGCGGUGUCAGCUGUUUGAGGCCGGCUUCCACUCCAAUGCUCUUCAUCUUAAAGAUAGGUCCUGCAAUGGAACUCUUCAGAAUGGAAGACUUGUUUUCNGAUGUGGGCAUCAACCCUGUGGAAAGAAGAAGCUUCCAGCUGGCAGUGGAUCUUAUCACAUCAGGAUGACCUCCUAUACAGAUCCAGACUUUCGCUUUCCUUUUACCAAUGAAACAGACAUUGAAGUAGACGAGAUGCUUUAUGUGAAGGUUAAGACUGAAGGUGUGGAUCAGCACCAACUUGCCACCAUUCUAGAUUCAUGUUGGGCGACACCAAUCAACACUGAAGACUACCCUAUCCGCUGGGAUCUCAUAAUUAAUGAAUGUCCCAAUCCAGAAGAUGGUACUGUUGAGCUGAUUCAGAGUGGCGUCUCCACAGUGGCUCAAUUCUCCUUCAGGAUGUUCACCUUUAAAAACUUUUCAUCCAUUUUUGUUCACUGCAAUGUCCACUUGUGUCUUCUGAAUAGCAGCGAUUGCACUCCUCAAUGCGACUCAGAUCACAGGCGAUUCAAAAGGGAUUUGUCUCACUACGACCAUCAACCCCUCUCGCUUGGACCUGUCGACAUGAAGAAAUAUGACAGAAGAAUCAAGCCAAGCAGCGCUCCAGGACAGCUGACAUCAGUCCUCACUGUGAUCGUCACUUUGCUGGCAAGCAAAAUUCUAAUGCUGUGAAGUUGAAGAAAGGCAUUUUUAAUUUUUGAAGCCUUUUUGUAUUUUUUUCUUUUUGUGUUUAUUUUAAGUUUGUUUGAUUUAAGGGGUGUAAUUUCUUGGUGUUCUCUUUUUAUUGUUUAGUCUUAAGUUGAGGAUUUUUGGUUGAUGUGACUUUUUUUGCUCAAUCCUUUAUUAAUCCUAUUGUUUAAAAAACACUUUUUUUCUGUGUGAUUUUAAGGGUUUUGGUUUGCUGUAUGUAAUGCACAUG